AUGAAUGUUGAGGCUAGAGUCGGUGUGGCGGUGGAUGGAGCACAGAGUGCUCUCAACUCUGCAACCACUGUGCAUAGCAGCGUUAUGGAUACCGGAACAAGGAGCUUGUUACAGAAACAGCAGCAGAUUCAGCCGCAGGGUCAUAUCGGCGAAAUCGAGAAUCUCCUCGCCGGAGGUAUUGCCGGCGCCUUCAGCAAAACCUGUACUGCUCCUCUCGCUCGCCUCACCAUCUUGUUUCAGUUGCAAGGGAUGCAAUCAGAAGCUGCAGUGUUAAGCAGGCCAAGUUUGUGGCGUGAAGCUUCUCGCAUUAUCAACGAAGAAGGGUUUAGAGCCUUUUGGAAAGGAAAUCUUGUUACUGUAGCUCACAGGCUUCCCUAUUCUGCACUGAACUUCUAUGCAUAUGAACAAUACAAGACGCUUUUGUAUUCAAGUCCAGUCUUACGGAGUUAUAUAGGAAAUGGAAGUGGCAGCCCGUUUGUCAACUUUGUUAGUGGUGGCUUGGCUGGAAUAACAGCUGCUUCUGCUACAUAUCCUCUCGAUCUUGUUAGGACUCGUCUUGCUGCGCAGAGAAACGCAAUGUAUUACCAGGGUAUUGGUCAUGCUUUUCGUACCAUAUGCAAAGAAGAAGGACUCUUGGGUCUGUAUAAAGGACUUGGUGCUACAAUGUUGGGAGUUGGGCCAACGCUUGCAAUCAACUUCGCUACGUAUGAGUAUAUGAAAUCAUUCUGGCUGUCCCAUAGGCCAAAUGAUUCAACAUUGAUUGUUAGUCUUGGUUGUGGAGGUCUAGCUGGAAUUGCUUCUUCAACAGCUACGUUCCCAUUGGAUCUUGUGAGAAGAAGAAUGCAGGUAGAAGGAGCUGGUGGGAGAGCGAGAGUGUACAAAACAGGACUCAUGGGAACAUUCAAACUCAUAUUCAAGACAGAAGGCAUCAGAGGGCUGUACAGAGGAUUAUUGCCUGAAUAUUACAAAGUGGUUCCUGGUGUUGGCAUCACCUUCAUGAUAUACGAGACUUUGAAAACUCUCUUCUUACCUCCUCCUGCUCCCUAA